CGCAACUGACGGCCGACCCCCACGUGACGCAAUCACGCAUCAUUUCCAAACAAUGCUCAGGAAAAAGCCACGUUGACGGUUCAGAGUAAGAGUAGUUGCACAGUUUAGAGGCAGAAUAAGGCAGACAUCUGGUAUCUGGACGGCGCGGUUCCUCUUCGACAUGUCUUCCCCGCCGAAGGAGAAAAUCGAAACCAAAGGUGGACACCUCCCUGCAGUCAAAGCAGGAGGCAUGAGGAUAGUGCAGAAGCACCAGCCGGCCGCUGUCCCAGAGCCACCGCCAAAAGACGAGGAGGAGGAGGAGGAGGAGUACGUCAGCACCAGUCCUCCGAAGGCCCCUGUGAUAGUUUCUGGAGUGGUUACAAAGGGGGAUAAGGACUUCACACCGGCAGCUGCCCAAGUGGCACACCAUAAACCCCAGCCCGGGGUCCCCAAGCUGCCCCCCGCCCAACACCUCAACCAGCACAUCCACCAGCCCCGCAAAUGAAGCAGCCAGCAGCCUCCCACGGCUCUGCCCACCUCACCACUGGCCUUCCCCACGGAACACAUACCAUCAAGACGGUCCCCCACCAGGCACAGACCUACGCUAAAAGAAUUCUAAUUUAAUUUUUUAUUGCUGUACAUUAUCAAGAAAUGUGUCGCCAACAAAUCACAACAACCCUUUUGUUUAAAAAAAAGAAACAUAAUCCCACGGUUGAUAUCCUGUGGCAUUCCACCUUAACUGUCAUGGCCUCCACCGUGUACAGGUUGCUUUGACGGGUCAACGCUAUUCAAUUCAGAUAAACGGGUUGAGAACCUUUUUUUAAAUAAAUUGGUUCUCCUUUAAGCAAUAUAUAUAUAAGCAGAUAAACUGUUCACAGAUCUGAUUCUGUUAAUGGGGGGGGAGUGGUCCCACAUCCAGCCAAUCACAGCAACCUAUUGCAACAUGCCAAUUAAACCAAUAAGUUACCUUCCGGUGAUGCGUCCCAGCUCCGGUCCUCCUGGUUCUUUAGGUUUACACAGACCUAAAGAACCAGUCAACAAGUCUCAAGUCUGGCUUUGUUUACCACCUCAGGCCAAAAAGACCGGAAAGCGGAAAUUUUGAAUCAGUUUUGACUCUCUACGUUUACCUCUGCGCUGAAGGUUCAACUUGAAGCAGAGAAAGUUGAGUAAGCAAAUUACUGUAAAUGACAGCUUUAACCAAUCAGAGGUCCAAGUGAGGGGUUUACCUAUAGUGUUUUAUUUCACUCUGCCAGCCAAUUGUAACAACACAUUAAUUUUUUUUUCAGUGGUAAACAUCCCUGUCAGAAAGGAAAUCAGAGAUAGUUUAUAUCAUAGAUAUUAUGGUAUAUAAGUGGCUUCUUCAGCGUUCUUUAGAUUAUAGCCGUCAAACAUCAAUCAGAAGUUGAUAUAGCUGUUCAGGUUAUUCCGUUGACUCGGUUGUUACUGUUCCUUUGCUUUUAAGUCUUACCAUGUAAUGCCUUGGCUUUAACAACUACUUUGAAAUGGGUUUUUAAUGCAAACUCCGGUCAUCUCCGGGAUGCUUUGUGUUUGCAUUAAACUUGCCCUGAAUAUAAGGAGAAUAGCAGGAAAGGGAGCAAAUGAACUGAACUAUAACAACAUUCCAGACAAAUACGAAUGAGUACUAAGAUGUCGUCCACUGUACCAAAUGUCAGUCUGCAAAGCGCACACUUCCAUGUGCUCUCAUACAUGCAUACAUAUUUUUAUGUAAUAUGGCUUUUUGCUUAUCAUAGAUCUUUACAGGAACCUCAAAUUCGGAUUUAUUUUCACCUAAAAUCAACACAAAUAAAGACAUACCUUGCCAAUCAGCCAUCUCUUACACUCAAGUGAGGUGAAGUAACACUAAUGUUCAGGCUUCCAGGAGAGAAAAUAAUGUCUUAUAAAGAAGGAAUCCUUUUUUGUGUUUAUGUGAUUACUUUGAAAAUUAUUUCAUGUUGUUCAUCUGUUCUUUUUCUUGAUCAUUAGCUUGAAUUGUUAAAAAAAGAGAGAAUAUUUAGUCUUAAAAGUGGACAUGGGUAUUAGGUGUGGUUGUCAUAGUAAAUAAAGAUAUUU